AUGGAAGGAGUUGAACUUAAAGAAGAGUGGCAAGAUGAAGACUUUCCAAGGUAAGGAGUAGCUGUGGCAGGGCUUGAUUUGCUCUGGAACAUAUCUUCAGAAAGUGGAGUUUGGCUUGUCCUUAAAAGGUGUUUGUCAGUUGUAGCCAAGGGAGGUACUGCUUCCUGUGUGUUCAUAUGGCUCUGUAAGCCUCAUCUUCUGCCCUCUUUUUAUGUUGGGGAUAUUUCACAUAUUCAGCUAUGAAUUUAAAUUAUAUUAUUUCAAAAGCAGGCUCAGGAAAAAUGUGCAGUUUAUCUUUGUACAUACAUUCUUGUCUUGUGUACAUAUACACAAUUGCCACAUGAUUUGAAGCUGACUGCAAAGGUUCAGAAUAGAGGUAAUAAAAUUUUGCUUUACCAUUUUUUUUCAACUGUGUCUUGAGAUUUUAAAGAGCUUGCAACUUUUCAAGGUCCUGAAGGAGUGUUUAACUCCAAAGCAUGCUAACCUACAAUUAAGAGUUUUGCACCACUGAGCACUGGAGACUGUUUUCCAUUUCAUUUUGUUCAUUUGAGGUCCUUCCCUCCCUGCUCUAUUUUCUGUCCUGCCCUGCAACUCUCCUCACCUGAUAUAAUGGGCAGGACAUGCUUUCUUACUGCAGGAUGGUCUGGCACUGCCAAGGCUGAUGCAAGCUGCUCACCAGCUGUUGCAGCUCUUUAGCCCUUAGAGUUGGAAUGCCAGUGUGCAGACAUUCAGCCACCUUGAUGGGCCAUCUAGGUACAGGUUAUGAUUUUUUUAAAAAUAGGAAUCCUUCUGUGACUCAUCAGGCUGAAUUUUCUGCAGCACUUUGCAGCACACAAUUUGGUGUGUGCCUAGCUUGCUCACUGACUACCACAAGGGUUGGUUAAAUCCCAGUUGCUAACUCUUUGGGGCUUGUGUCACAUUUUGUAGAAUUGUAGAGUGAGAAGGGAACCCAAGGGUCAUCUAGUCCAACCCCUACAAUGCAAGAAUCUUAGCUAAAGCAUUCAUGACAGAUGGUCAUCCAACUGCUUAAAAACCUCCAAGGAAGGAGAGUCCACCACCUCUUGUGGGAGUGUGUUCCACUGUAGAACAGCUUCUACCACCAGAAAGUUCUUUAUGAUGCUUAGUUGGAAUCUCCUUUCUUAUAACUUGAAGCCAAUGGUUCUGGUUGUACCCUCCAGAGCAGGAGAAAACAAGCGUACUCCAAAUUUCAUGUGAUAGCCCUUCAGAUAUUUGACGAUGGUUAUCAUAUCUCCCUCAGUCUCCUCUUCCGGGCUAAACAUCCCCAACUCCUUCAACCAUUUCUCAUAAGACUUGGUUCCCAGAGCCUUGAUCAUCUUGGUUGCCCUCCUCUGCACAUGUUCCAGAUUGUCAAUAUCCUCCUUAAAUUGUGGUGCCCAGAAUUGAACGCAGUAUUCCAGAUGUGGUCUGACCAAGGCAGAAUAGAGUGGUACUAUUACAUCCCUUGAUCUGGACACUACUCUUGAUGCAGCCUAGAAUAGCAUUAGCAUUUUUUGCUGCCCAUCCUAUUGACUCAUGUUCAGCUUGUGGUCCACUAAGACCCCUAGAUGCUUUUCACAUGUGCUCCUAGUAACCCAGGUGCCCCCCAUCCUAUAUUUGUGCAUCUGGUUUUUCCUGCCUAAAUGCAGAGCCUUACAUUUGUCCCUCUUGAAAUUAAUUUUGCUAGCUUGCACCCAGUUCUCCAGUCUGUUAGGGUUAUUUUGAAUUCUGAUUCUGUCUUCUGCGGCAUUAGCUACCCCUCCCAAUUUGGUGUCAUCUGCAAAUUUGAUGAGCAUCCCCUUAAUUCCUUCAUCCAAGUUGUUUUUUAAGAUGUUGAACAACAACAGGCCCAGGACAGAACCCUGCAGAACCACUUGUCACUUUUUUCCAGGUUGAUGAGGAACCAUUAAGAGUACUCUUUGGGUUCAGUCAGUCAGUCAGCUACAGAUCCACCCAAAGCUGGUGUCUGGAUGCUGUGUAAGAAGUGAUUGGGCACUGAUAGAGAUGUGAAAGAUGGAGGGGGGUGAGGAAAGAUUUUUCUACUGGGUUCCCCCCCCCAAUCUCUACUGAGCACUAUUCCUCAUUGUUUCCUCUUUGUUUUUUACUGUCCCAGACCUCUGCCAGAAGAUGACCAUAUUGAUGAUAUGUCAGAUCCUGCUGAAAGAGGGGACCAACCUGGUAAGUUUAGUAUAAAGGAAUAUAUGGUUCUACAUAUGAUUUUGGACUUCAGUUCACAUAAUCCCUAGUCAGCAUGGGAGGUGGAGUCCAUUAGCAUCUGGGGGACCACAGGUUUCUCAUUCCUACUCUUACCCAGGGGUCACCCAUGUGGGACCUGCAGGUGCCAGCGUGCCCAUAACUUGGUAAAGGUGUAGGUAAAUAUCCCCUUAAGAAUCAAUAAUGCCUGAGAAACUAUUUGCUGUUCCUGCACAGUUCCUGUUCGCACUGCCUUAGCCUCCUCUACAUUGGUCACUCCCCCACUCCUGAAAACAGGAUUGGGCAUCUAUCAUCCCAUUCAUUCAGUACAGACGAGAUGUUCAAAUGGCUUUUCUCUGGGAGCAAGUGCAGUGGUGGCUGAGGCAAGUGCCUUUUCUCCACUGAUGGGUGGCUGACAGGGGGUUAUACUUGCACCAUUUUGUGGUCCUGCAUUCCCCGUGGCCCCCCUCUGUUUUGCUGGCCACUUCUGAUGCUGGGUAAAUCAGACAGAAAAUGAAACUGGAAAAUAAAGUGCUCUGGAUUAAAUAUUCAAGGAUGGAAGAUACUAUUUACUUGCUCAGAUCUUUAAGGGACAAUCUUCAGUCAUUUAUUUAUUUAUUUAUUUAUUUAUUUUUUACGUAGGAAGGUUUUGACUGUUUAACUGUAACAGAAGGCCACUACUCACUCUUCUGAGUGACUCCUGUUUGUCAAAUAGUAGGAGCAUAGAGGGCUGCCUUAUACUAAAUCAGACCAUUGCUCCAUCUAAUUCAGCACUGCAUUAGUAUAUAAAGAACUGUUUGCAGAACUAUACAGAGUAUGUUAGCUACACCUCUUUAAAAAGGGCAAUUGAAACUGUAGCAUAAUGCUUAUGCUGUUUGUUUAAAAAAGUUUUCACUUACUAAUGUUUGAGUUUGGUUUACAUAGAUUUGGAGUAUGCUUUCCUCAUUCUGUUUCUUUUAAUAACUUAAGCUUUAUUUGGUGGGGGUAUAUGGCCAUCACUGGCUUUAACAUGUCUUAUAGAAUAAACUUCCCUUUCCAAUUUAUUAGAAGUGAAUGGCAACAAAGUUAAGAAGAAACUAUUGGCUCCAAAUAUAAACUUAACUCUGGAUUGCAGUGAAGAAUCAAUUUUGUCUGACUUGGAUGAGAGCGGGGAUAUUGAUCUGGAUGAUAUGGACACACCAUCUGAAAAUAGCAAUGAGUUCGAAUGGGAAGGUAAGACUUGACUCUGUCUAAGCCUUGUGCAUAUGUAUUUCCUCUGUUUCUUUUGUCAGCAUUGUUGAUCAGUGGAGCUGUUCUGUGUGGUGGGUGGCCCACUGGGUUUCUGGUCACUGCUGGUGGUUAGUGUAGCCUGCUGUGGCCUGUUUGCAAGGAUGAUAAAAGUCCUCCAUAACAAAUUGUGUACAGCUGGCAUGGGCAGAACUUUGGAUCGUGUGAUCUGCUUUUUAAAAAAGCUAGAAUCUAAGGGCCCAACAACCAGAGCCUGCUCACAUCUGUCAGGUUGGGGUAGGACACUGUGGGCAUUGCUGUGCCGGCUAGUAAAAUGUAUAGGGUGGAAGCAGGUGGUAGUUAGUUGUUUUGUAAUUGUAUGCUUGUUUUUUUCAAACUGACAUAGCUACCGCUUCGCUUCAAGGCUGCUAGUGGCAUCUUUAGGUUAAUUUCUAAACAAAUGCUGCUGAUAUGAAGGGGAACAGAAGUUAUUUUUGCUCAGCACAGGAUUUUCCAGCUGGUACAAAACUGACACUGAUGACACUUGAAUCAAUUGUGUACCAAUGGUUCAGUAGAGAUUUCAGAAAAGGGCCUCUUUUUUCAAAGCUAUUCAGUUGCUCAAAGCAAGAGACUAGACUUCAGCUUUGGUGCAUCCUGCAGCCGAUGACUGUGGUGGCAUAUUGCUUAUUUGUAUGAGCUUUUCAAAUGUGGGGUGAGAAGUUUGCAGCUCUAGGUACUUAGACUUUGCAGUUUGCUGGGCUGAAGAGAGGCUGGAGUUGUUCUUUGUUGGAAUAAGGUUUCUGUCUUUUCUCUUCUCUUUAAUGCGGCUGUCUGCGUUUUCCUGGAAGGAUAGUUUCCAUUAACAACUCUGUCUUGGAAACAAACUACUAACAUGCUGCAGUAGUUUUUUCACACCUCUGUGGUAAGGUUUGUGUUACUGAAGUUAAUUUGACAAAGCCGUGAGGAUGAUGUAUUCUUCAGGACACUUCCCAAGUCCUGCUUAGUUUGGAUUGAAAUCUCUAUUUUGCAUGUCUGCCACUAAUCAUUGUGUUGAGAUGAUUCACUAAAAUCAAUGGGGAAAUAAUAGGUGAAGGGUAGAUAUCUAGGGCUGUCAACUGAUCAAAGGGUUUGGGCAUUAUCCUAACCCACAAACUGAUUUGGAAUAUCAAAGUGUUGUAUUGAACCUAUUGCAUAUAUGUAAUCAUUGCCUGAUUAAAGGUAUAUCCACCUCAAGACUGUGGUCUCUUUUACAGGGGACAGCUCUGAUUUACCAAAAUAGAUUCUUCUUUGAUCAGAGGACUAGUUGUUUAAGCUUCAAUAUAUAUUUACGGGUUUGGAAAGGAAUCACAGCUAUGUUCUUUCCAUUUAAAAGCAACUCAGCACAAUCACUGCUUAACUGCUUAGUCAAAAUGCAACCCAAACAAUUUGUAGAUACGUUUCUUGACACUUCCUUCAAUAUAAUGGGCACAGAACUUUUGAAGCAAUGAACCUACUUUGUCUAAUCUGUGAUUCACUGUAACAGUAUUGUAAUUUUUUAAAAAACAAAAACAAAAAUCUCUGAGCAGAUGAUCUUCCAAAGCCAAAAACUACAGAUGUGAUUCAAAAAGGAUCGUUACAAGAAUAUGCAGCAUCAGAUGAAAAAGAGGAGGAACGGCGAUGGCGGAUGUUCCGGAUUGGAGAACAAGAUCACAGGGUGGAUAUGAAGGCAAUUGAGCCAUAUAAGAAAGUUAUCAGUCAUGGAGGUGAGAAUAGUGACAGUCCCCCACCCCACUAAAAAAGAAUUGAGAGGAUGCCUGAAGAAAAAGCAUAACAAUUAGAUUUUUCUUCUUCUUUCUAGGUUAUUAUGGUGAUGGGUUAAAUGCAAUCGUUGUAUUUGCAGUUUGCUUCAUGCCGGAAAGCGGGCAGCCAAACUACAGAUACUUAAUGGAUAAUCUCUUUAAGUGAGUUGUACUUGAUGAAUGCAUGAACCUGCCUUAUUCCAAGUCAGACCUCUGAUCCCUGCGUUUCCUCCCAUGUCAGAGGCGGAAUGCUUGCAAGUGGUGGAGGUGGAAGCAGACAGCAGGAGAGGGCCAUUGUGGCCUUUUCUUGUGGGGACAUUGGCUGGCCAGAGUGCUGGGCUAGAUAGGCCAUUGGUCUGAUUGAGCAGGCCUCUUCUCAUGGUGAUCUUUCCUUAACCCAACCUGAAGAAGCUUCUGCCUUAGCUUUUCCAAAGUCCUCCUACCCUUUCCAGUGGGAGAUGCCAGGGAUGCCUAGAGACCUUUUUCAUGCCAAGCGCGUGAGUGAUGACCUCUCAGACUACAAAUACAAUUUUGGCUUUCAUUCCUGACUCAGUUUUACAUGUUCCUUAAAAGGAACUGCUGCCUGAUUAACAGAGCGCAGGAGAGGGAUGCAGUGGCCAUAAGGCGGGGGAAGAUAGCACAAGAAACCUCACUGUCUGUCUCUCCUCCCACCCCAAACAGGUAUGUUAUUGGCACACUAGAAUUGUUAGUAGCAGAGAACUACAUGAUCGUUUACCUAAAUGGUGCAACAACACGGAGGAAGAUGCCUAGUCUAGGCUGGCUCAGGAAGUGUUACCAACAGAUUGAUAGGCGGUAAGAAGAAUUUGAGAUGCAGCCAACUGCACAACACAUGACAAUUCUUUUAAAGUGUUAUUUACUUCUGUCAAGUGAUGUAAGAAAGCUCUGUUGUCACAUCCUUUGUGAUUUGGGUUCCAUACUCCCAGGGCAGAAUAGUGCUGGUGCUUAAGGUGGCGUGUUCUCAUGAAGAGAAAAAACCUUCUAUGAAAAUGUGGUAGAGCCCGUUUUUACAUAGUGUUGAGCAUAGUUCUGAAGAAACUUUCAGAAGAGUGGACUAUAGAACCUAGAAAGCUGUUUAUACUGAGCCAGGAUGUUCCGUAUUGUCUACACUGACUGCCAGCAGUUCUCCAGAGUUUAAGGCAGGAACCUCCCAGCCCUCCAAGGGGAUGCAAGGGACCGUCUGCGUGUAAAGCAGAUACUUUUCUGCUGAGCUACUGUAUAGAAUUGUUUCUGUUCUCUAUCCUAGAAGGAAAAGUCAUAUUGGAUACUACAUGUCAUUAGUGUCCAUCUUGCAUGUCUUGCUAGGCAGGUGUCUCGCGUUCCUUCAGCAGCUUGGAUAACAGGGUGACUAAGCUCCAGUUUGGAGGCCUGAAACAGCCCCCAAAGGAAAAUGUCCCUGACACCCCCUUUGUUCUGGCAACUAGGUUGAGGAUGCAGGUGUAUGGGUUCACCUCUGCCCUUGUCCCAGAAUGGCUCUCCAUUCCAUUCCUAUCUCCUGCCCAGGAAACAUGGCAAGAGCCUGUCUCUGCAGGUAUGGGGACACACUCCCCUUCAUUGUCUCUUCAAAUCACCUGAGCAUAACUGUGACUUUGCUACUUUAGUCUAAUUCUAAUGCUGAUCCCGGACUCACUAGGAGUUUCUUUCUGGCUUACACCUAGAGUAGAGCAUUAGCAACGUUCAGUGUCUGCUAGUAUCUAGGCUUUGUUAUUUUCCUCUUGCUUCUCUUGUUGAUUGCAUCUUUUUAAUAUUUUGAUUGAACUUUAGGUUAAGGAAAAACCUGAAAUCAUUAAUAAUAGUUCAUCCUUCCUGGUUCAUUAGAACACUUCUGGCAAUCACAAAACCUUUUAUUAGGUAACACCCAUAAUACUUACUUCAUUUUUUCCAGAACUGGUAUGUUUAGCAUUUCAACAGUAACAGUGUCUUUUCUGUUCUUUUUUUCUAGCUCAAAAUUCAGCCAAAAAAUCAGAUAUGUCUUUACUUUGGCAGAGCUGGCUGAACUUGUCCCCAUGGAAUACGUUGGCAUACCUGAAUGCAUAAAACAGUAGGUUGCUGGUUCCAUGUUCAUAAUCCCAAAAAUGAAGCAUAAAUGCUCAGUAACAGAGCAAUCCAAACUUUUAGGAAACAGACACCGCUAUAUGAAGAGCCCUGCCAGCUCACAGUGGCUAUUACGAGGUUGAAGGAGCAGUGUUAUCCCCUGUGCUCAAAAGUGAUUCCAGCUGGCAUAGUUGAGGGCCUUUUGUGCACUUGUGAUUGUGUCCAGGGACAAGGGGGCUUGGGAUCCUGUGACUGCAUUGCACUCUUGGAGGUCCCUUCCAACUCUGUGAUUCUGUGACUUUGCUGCCAUCUCUGACAUGUCCACAACACACCCCAUAUUCAGCCUUACCACUGUCGGAGCACCACCAUUGUGCCAACAGCAGUGGUGGUGGUGUGAGCCACUACAGUGAGAAGCAGUAGAUCUUUUCCUCUUCCAGUGGAGAAUGAGGUCUGCAGCUUCCCUCCCCAAGUCUCCAGUCCUAUACUUGGUUGGCACAAGCUCCAUUGAACUCUAUGGGAUUUACUUCUGGGUAGACAUGUAUAUAACUGCGCUCUGAGUUUUUAAAAAAGUUAAAAUGCUUGCCUCAGCCAAUAUUUCCUCCCAGUGCAGCUGGUAGUCAAAGUGAAGAUACAGUAUAAGUUGGGUUAUGUGCAAGGAGGCAUAAUUAUGUCCCGCAGCAAUUGGUAGUACUGCCAGAGCUGGUGUGGGGAAGCUAUACAACUCCUAGAUGCUGUUAGACUAACUCCUAGCAGCCUCAGUCAGGAUGGCUGGUAGUCAGACAUGACAAGGGUUGUUGUUCAGCCACAUCUGAAGGGUGACAUGUUUCUCCAGAAGGAGCAGAAGGACUUGGGGGCUGCCUCUGGCAUGCCCUCUGGACUUUGGCCUCUAUCUCAGUUCAGCAGUAAAAUGUGCUGCUCAGGUAUAUGAUUUAGGGUUGGUAAGCUAUGUAAAGCCCAAGGCUUUAAAAGCCCUCCACCCACUGUGAUUUCUGCUCAAGAAAAUAACAGAAAUAUUACUCAUUAAUAACCCAGUGAUAUUGCCUUAUGAACUUCCUUGAACCUAAAAGACAUCUUGGGACUUAGAAAACACUGGUCCUUUGGCCUUGCGUGCAAAGGUAGUGUGACCAAGAAACACAACUGGGACAGGGUGACAGGGGUGGGCAUGGUAGGGAUGGAGGUGCCCUGGGUCAGAAAGCCCAGGUCUCAGAGAAGAUAGAACAGUCUGUUUAUUACCUCUGUUUGUUCAGAGGUUGACAGCUUAUUUAUUGAUGGUCUGUACUUACUUUUGACUCACACGACACGUACACAUGCCAAAACUCUUAGGAUUGCCUUAAUGGUUUUAAAGUGACUAAACAGUGCUGGGCAGCAAAUGAUCUGGUAUGGGAACUGUAAUUUGGAAGAUCCUACAAAUGAGACUUGCUUGUGCCAGUUUCCUAGUGACUCCCCCACCCCGUCUUCCAAGGCUGUUAUAAGAGCAUAUGUCUGAGAGAUUCCUGCUGUGUGACUAACCAUUGCACCACAAUGGCUCUCUUGGUUGCCAGACUGGGAUAGCCCAGAUUCAAACCCUUACUCAGCCAUGAAGCUCAUUGGAUGACCUUGGGGAAAGCACUCUCUUUCUGCCUAAUCUACCUCACAAAGGGAGUGGGUGCCCGGGUACUUUUUGGAGAAAGAGCAGGAUACAAAUGUGAUAAGGAUUUUAUAAUAGUAGUGUUUCCUAUCACUUUCUAUGUUCUUCACAUACAUUAAAAAACACAAGGUUGCCAAUUUAGUAGACACGACACAAAAGGAAAACUGAAUAGGGAGGGAAGAGGAAAGUUUUUGAGUAGCUCAUCCUCUGCUGGCCAAAUGAAUGGGGCCAGGUUGGUCUCCUCCUUGCCAUGAUGGCCUUCUUAGGACACGGGGUUCAGCCUCCCAGUGGUGCUGGGCAGAGGGCAGAGUGUGCCUCCCCUCAUCUCUUCAAUCCAACUGGCAGCUGGAGCAGAGUGUUCUUUUCAUGCAGGGAGGGAGGCACACAGAGUGAUCUUGCAGCAGGCAUAGUACUUUUACUACAGAGAAACUAAAUGCCUUUACUUUUGUUCACCUUAGCAUUAUUGCGUAAAGCCCUUGCCCAAGACAGGUGCUGUUAGCUUCAAAACUGGAUUUUGCUGGUAUACGGAACUGCAUCUUAUUUACUAAAAAAACAUUUUCCCCACUAAGGUAUGAAGAAGAAAAAUUUAAAAAGAAACCCAAAAGGUAUAUGCACAUCUUGAUCAGGGCUGUAUCUAAUCUAGCCAACUUUGCACUGUGCUGAAUGUUGGGGUAUAUUUGGCUUGCUGGGCUGCCUGCUGCUUGUAUGAAUGAACAUGCACCCAUUGUGCCACCGUGUGUGUGGGUGUCUCUGGCUAGCUUAUGCUGUGCUGUUCACAUAAUGUUGUGCAAAUGGCUCGUUGCUUCAGAAGGAAGCCGAGUAGCCAAAAGGCUAAAGCAUUUGCUGUCUAAUUAUAGUGCUAAUUGUCAAACCUAGAACUACAACAAUUUUCCGCUUUAGGAAGUUGGAGAGCAAUUGCUGCAAAAUACAUUCUUAAUUCUAGGUGGAGAGUGACUCUGACUCAGCAGUCACUGAAGUUCAAAAUGGCUUUAAUUUGCAUUGUCACAGUCUAAACUGGCUGAACACCAUAAAGGGGAGGAGGGCUUUGUGGUGCCUGUAUUUGCUAUGUCUUUUUCUUUUUUUCUUUUGUCUUAUCAAUGCAUGCUGGGGUUCUCUGGUGCUCAAGAAGUGCAUGGCCUGCUAAUAAACGUAUCUCAGCAACUUCUUCCCUUCACAAAAUAUCGUCCAAUCCAGUGUACCAACUGCUACUCUUGCCACUAACAAUUUCACUUGAUCCAGAAUGUGCCCAUGCUGUAUAACGAUUCCAAAUGCCUAUUUGUGAAGAUGAUUUUUUUGGGGGGGAGGGGUUGUUCCCUUGCAAAGAAGUUUUGCUACUUAGCAAAACAGACCUACUCUCUCUUCAGAGCUAUAUCACAAAACAAAAGGAUAAACCUGGGAAGGGGCUAUGUGUACAUCAGGAUUCUGAAACAGAUUGCAAAAAUGCUUUCCCACAUUUAAUUCAACCCUUUGUAGCAUUAGAAGGAAUUUGGGCAGCUAGUCUGUAUGGGUUGCACACAAGGUUUUUGCAUCAGACACAGCAUUGCUUUGAGGCAAAGCUCAGCUUUUGGUGUCUGAACUGCCCAGCAGUGCUGCCCUUUCCCCUUAAAAUGAAACUUGGACUACAUUUAAAAUGAGCUCACUGAAAUCCACUGCUCAUUUGCUGUGUUGGUCUUUGCCUCCACAACUGCCAUUCAUUGACCCAGUUUGCAUGUAAUGUCACGCCGUGGCUGAGAGUGAGUGUCCUCAAGGGAAGGCCACAGGUGCUUUGCUUCUCUCCUGGUCCUGCUGCUGUUGUGGAACCCUGAGCUAAGCCAUGGUUUUUCAUAACAUUUGCAUUCAUACCUGUGCUUAUAGUUUGUCUUUCUCCUGAUGAACCAUGGGCUGCAGCUAAGGUUUGAUUUUUGGGAAGGUGCAGAGCGGCCACAGUUUCUAAUGGGAGUAUCUGCAUGCUUAUGCAUUCACGCUUAGCCAUGGUUUGACUUAAUGCUGCAUGCAAACUGGGCCUUUGACUUAACACACAGACCCCCAAUAAACUUCCCACUGUUGUGGAGGAGGAGGUUCUUCACCAUAGCUUAAACCAGGGAGAGGUGGAAUAAGAGAUUUGAUACCAUUUUGUUGGAGCAGUGAAGGGUUUCAAACGUUGAUAUUUGGAAGACCUCUGAUUUGCUGCUUCUGACUUUCCUCUAAAAAUCUGACAUAACUUAAAUAUUAAACUUCACCACCGUGGAAAGGAGAGGGAAAUACAUGUGAGGAAGAGAACAGGCUUCAUACCAAAUCAAAUCAUUAGCUCAUCUCGGUCAGUAUUGCCUACACUGGCUGGCAGAAGCUCUUUAAGAUUUAAGGCAGAAGACAUGCCCAGCCCUAUCUGGAGAUGCUUGUGAUUCUGCACGCAAAGCAGGUGCUCUGUCACUGAGCUGCAGCCCUGUCCCAGCAAGACUGGUUAGAAACUUGCUAUGGAUGCAACAGUUCCAAAACUUGGCAUGCCUCAUUGGCUGCCUAUCAGUAAAUUAAGAAAUUUGUUUUUUUCAAGGCAAAAAUACCCUUUAUAAAGCUGACUUUCUUGGAGCCCUAGACAUCUAGAUAUAAUAACUGUAAGGAACAUUUCACACCACUAUAUGCUGGCCAACCUGAGUUUGCCACAAGAGUCAAACUCAGUGACCCCAAGUACAUGUUGAGUUAACAGGUAGAGAUGUCAUUAUACACAAACUACUAGGGAUUUCAUUCAGUAGGGUCACGUGCAAUGAUUCAGUUCUGUGUGGUUGUAGGUCUUGGUCUGAAUAAAUUGAGGAUAAAUGAAGUGGUAUCUUCACUGCUUUUUUCCUGGGGGGAUGCAGGGGUACACAUACCCCAAACAUUUUCUGAAUCUGAGUUUGGCCUCAUUGAGGGGCAGUAUUUCAAUAUGAGUAGGAAAAUGAGAGUACACAAAAACAUUUUUUAAAGAAAAAAAGCACUGGGUAUCUUACUGUAUUGUGGUCUAUUUUUUCAUUUUCCUGUUAAUUGUCAUUUUUAAAAAGUCACAUUGUAUUCUCCUUAUAAGUUCUAAUUCAUUAUUCUGGGGGGGGGGGGGACUUGCUGCUCUACUUGUGCCUAACAGUUUUGCUGCAAUUGCAAAGUAGUAAGCAUUACUCUCCCCCCGCCAAAGAAUUUUAAAUUUCUACACCCUGGUUGAAAUUAGAGUUUAACAUUUCCCUCUCCCCCCCCCCCUUCUGUCUGAUGAGCAGAAUUGACCAAGAACUUAAUGGGAAACAGGAGCAGAAGACCGAACAGUAA